GCUGGGGUUAGGCUGUGAUGGUGGUUGGAGAGGUGAAGGCUCCGUUUGUUGUCACCCAAAAUAAAGAAAACGUGACACCGCCGGCCCAUCGUCUUCCACAGUCAACCACUCGCUGCCUCUCUCGCAUCAGCCAUCUGUACCAUCGAUCCUGGUGUUUAUUCUCAAUCCUUCUCAUCGUUUUCAUUGAUUCACACAUAUUGCUUGUAACUUGAAAUGGCUACAUUGACGAGUCCGCUUGAAGCCGCGCGCUUGGCCACUGAGGGCAGCGAUCUCGCAAAGGCGGAGCACCUCUACAGGGAGAUCCUAUCCAAGCCCGUCGGCGCCAGCGAGAAGGCGAUUGCCGAGCAGGAGACCGCUUUAUACGAGCUUGGAGCGUUGUACCGUGAUCAUAAUAAAAUCAAGGAGCUGGAAGAGCUCGUGCGAUCGUCUCGGUCAAUCAUGUCCGGACUGGCAAAGUCCAAGGUGGCUAAAAUAAUACGUACACUGCUGGAUCUGUUCAGCAAGCUACCAGACUCGUUGGAUACUCAGAUCCGAGUGACCAAGGAGUGCAUCGAGUGGGCAGUUUCUGAGCGUCGAAACUUUUUGCGACAGAGCCUCGAGACGCGUCUUGUGUCGCUCUAUAUCGAGAGUGGAGCGUAUUACGAUGCGCUUGCGUUGAUCAACACUCUGUUGAAGGAGUUGAAGCGGUUGGAUGAUAAGAUGGUGCUGGUUGAGGUUGAGUUGUUUGAGAGCAAGGUCUACCAUGCUUUGAGAAAUAUUCCAAAGAGUCGGGCUGCGUUGACCAGCGCGCGUACUAGUGCAAAUGCUAUCUACUGUCCAACGAUAAUGCAGGCCAACUUGGAUAUGCAGAGUGGAAUUCUCCAUGCCGAAGACAAGGACUUUAAGACCGCAUUUUCGUACUUUGUGGAAGCUCUGGAGGGCUAUUCGAGCCAGGAAGACGCGAGAGCGAUUUCAGUGCUCAAGUACAUGCUUCUCUGCAAGAUCAUGCUUAAUUUGAAUGACGAUGUGCAUUCGCUGCUUGGCGGUAAGAUGGCACAAAAGUAUGCUGGACGUGAUGUGGAGGCAAUGAAGGCAGUUGCGUCGGCGCACUCGAACCGCAGCUUGAAGGAGUUUGAGGAAGCGCUUAGCACUUACCAUGCGGAACUGUCGUCCGAUCCAAUCAUUCGGUCGCACUUCACAUCGCUGUACGAUACGUUGCUGGAGCAGAACCUGGUCCGAGUGAUUGAGCCGUUUUCGUGCGUGGAGAUCACACAUGUGGCGGAGGUUGUUGGCCUGGAUACGCGCCAGGUGGAAGGCAAGCUUAGUCAGAUGAUUUUGGAUAAGGUGUUUUACGGCGUGCUCGACCAGGGCAAUGGCUGGCUGACGGUGUUUGAUGAGCCCCGCGAGGAUGCGACGUAUGUGGCGGCGCUGGAUACGAUCAGACAUAUGACUACUGUUGUUGAUCUUCUGUACGAGAAGGCGUCCAAGCUCAACUAGGCGGAGAGUCUGUUAGAUAGUCAAGAAAGCAUCUUGUUUCAUAUUAGCAAUUGAUCGUAGCUGCAAUUGUAUGCAUUGCGAUUGUCAAUGCGGUCUUAAUAGUGCGCUAAUGCAAAAAAAAAGAGGAUUCAUCAUCAUCUUCG